UAGGGUCGGAAUUUACGCUGUGACGUGACGCAGUAAAAUAAUAAUUAGACUAUGCUGAUAUCCUCAAUACGCGACCUCCUAUUGAAAUUUCAGUUAACAUUUCUGGUUGGUCCAGAACAUCAACUGCUUGUCUCUCAUAGAAAUUUCGAUCUGGAACCCGCAGAGCAGUCUUUUAAAUGGUUCGCAGAAAGCCUUUGGAAGUGAGAAGGACCAAGUUUACGAGAGAGGCAGAAGCCGCAAUCCAGUCCUCAAGGAAUGUAUCACCAAGAGUCUCCAGAAAUAAUGACGGACAUCAGUCUUCGAGUACGACCAGGAAGCCAAAACGACGCUUUCGCCCUGGUGUACGGGCUCUUAUGGAAAUCAGAAAGUUCCAGAAGAGUACAAACUUUCUUAUACCAAAAUUGCCAUUUGCGAGAGUUGUGAGAGAAAUUAUCAUGACCCUUGUUCCUGGGGAUUACAGAAUUCAAAAACUGGCUCUUGAAGCACUGCAAGAGGCAGCUGAAAUGUAUGUGGUGCAGUUUUUUGAAGACUCUUUAUUAUGUGCUGUGCAUGCAAAACGUGUUACACUGAUGGCCAGCGAUCUGCAGUUAGCCCGACGCAUUCGUGGGCAUACCGACACUAUCAACUUCUAAGUAUAAUGUCAAAUGUGUUUUAAUAGGAAAGAUCAGUUGGAAUAGUGGAUUUCUUUACUUCCGAACUGUGAUUAAGUUCCUGCUGAACUUUGGAUGACCAGCAACACAAUUUUGCAAGAGAGAGGUUUUUUGGACUUGGGUUUGUCUCAUUCUUAUCUGUAAAGUUUCUAUAAUCCUUAGUCACUGAAUCACAGCAAAAUUUAAACAUGUUCUGAAGUCUUGUUUUUUUGUAUUUCUCAUAUCGUAGUUCUGUCAAAUUACAUGUUUUUAUGGAAUGUCUGUUGUGUGCACAAGAUAGCAAGAUAUGUUAAAAAAAUUAUGAUAUGCCUUUACUAUAUAUAGAAAUGACCUCUCAGAUUCCAUAUCUAAUUGUUUUCUUCAAUUCUAAAGGGUUCUGACAGAAUUAGCUAGUUUUUGACUUCGUCCAUUGCCUAGUAUUCUGCAAGAACUUGUUUUGGGAGUGCCUUAUCAAGACACUGGACUGCAGGUGCAGUGACUGAGAUCAGUUAUCCAGUAAUAUGAUAUAUAUAUAUGAGGUUCUCACGGUGGUGAAUACCAAGAUUAUGGUUUUCUAGAAUAUAACUCCUUGAUGUGUCAGUCCUGAAGAUGGAACAUUGGUACAUAUUUACUGAACUACAUUGUGUCACAGCAGCUGCAACCUUAGGAGGACAAUUUAACAGUUUCUGGUUGAUUUUUGCUCUUAGGGAAAUGAAAGGAGCAGAAAUUUUUUUUUCAGUGACAUUCAUACAGAACCUUAAUCUUAUAAUUUUGACCCACCUCUUCUGAUGUUAUCUUGCCCAAUUGCUUUUUGCCUCUUUAACAGAAUAUUUUUUUUUGUCAGCAUGGACACAUGACAGUCCUGUUUUGUCUGUAUUAUAUAUGUGAGAUGUAGCAAAAUAAUAAUUGGAGAAAACUCAUAUAUCUAGAAAUAUACUGUCAUUUUUAUACGUUGUUACAUUUUAACAAAUAUAUACCUACAGUCUGUAUACAUUUGUCUGAUUUGUGUAAGUCAUCAAGUGACCAUUUGCUGUCAGAUAUUUAAUGCAUAAGAAGAAAU